CCCCAGGCAGGGGGCGAGUUACAGGUUGUCAUUGUCCCGGGUUGGGAUGAGGGGCGGCUGUCACUGCCACGUGGUGGCUGGGGAGGAGAGGCGGUCACUGCCCCAGGCUGGGACAGGUGAGGAGAAGCUGUCACUGUCCCGGGCUGGGUGUGUGUCUGAGAGAGCGCCUGUCACUGCCUCUGGGGUGGGGAGAGGAGAUGUCACUGCUCCGGGAGGGAGGGGUUACAGACGGUCACUGCUGCAGGCUGGGGGACAGUUACAGGUUGUCAUUGCCCGGCGCUAGGGAGAAGGGCGGUUGGCACUGCCCCGGGCUGGGGCGGAGGGGAGGCUGAAGGGAAGGUGUGUCUGCAUGAAGGAAGGCGGGUGGCGCGCGCAUGCCGGAACCACCUCCCAAUACUUGGAUGCCACCUGCUCCUUCCCCCCUUGGCGCCUGUGCUGUUGCCCCGCCUCCUUAUUGAUAUACAGCUGGCGGUGUCCCGGGCGGCCAAUCAGCGGCGGCAACUCCUGAAUAUGGAAUGAGCCCGGGGCUGCGGCCCUUGUCAUGCGGGCCCGAGCGACGAGGGAACAGCGCGGCAGGGAGCGGGGCACAAGAUGGCGACAGCCAUGUACCUGGAGCACUAUCUGGACAGGGGCGUGGUAUCAUGUGCGUCAUCAACCGCGUCUCGCGUGAGAGGCGCGUGCUUGUAUCAUCAUUACCUGCGGAGAGCAGGAGCAGUUCAACCUCUUCUCUUUAGCGGCCCUUCCUUGUUCUUGGGCGUAGCUGUUUGUUCUGCGGGCUGCCCGCAUCCCCCUGCCUCUGCUCUUCCGCCCCUCCUCGCGGGGCUGACUCCAGCCCUCUGCCUGCCUCAGCUCCCCUCCCCUGCCUUAUGGGUUGGAGCCUACCAAAUAGCCAUGAGAAGUGCAUCACAGACCAUGAAAACUGACCUUUUCGGUUGCACCAGUGUCAGCUACAGAGGUAUUGAAAACCUGCCCUGUGAUUUGCGAAGGAACUUCCAGCUGAUGCGUGAACUGGAUCAAAGAACAGAAGAUAAGAAAGCAGAAAUUGACAGCCUUGCAGCAGAGUACAUUUCAACAGUGAAGCACUUGUUGCCGGAGCAGCGGGUGGAGUACCUCCAGAAGAUUCAGAACGCUUAUUGUAAAUGUAAAGAGUACAGUGAUGACAAAGUGCAGCUAGCCAUGCAGACCUAUGAGAUGGUAGAUAAACACAUCCGACGGCUGGAUGCAGACUUGGCACGAUUUGAAGCAGAUCUGAAGGAUAAGUUGGAAGGCAGUGAUUUUGAAAGCCCUGGAGGUCGAGGCCUGAAAAAGGGACGAAGUCAAAAGGACAAGAGAGGCUCCCGGGGUCGAGGCAGGCGAACAUCUGAAGAAGAUACUCCAAAGAAGAAAAAACUAAAAGGAGGUUCUGAGUUUGCUGAUACCAUCCUGUCUGUUCACCCCUCGGAUGUCCUAGACAUGCCAGUGGAUCCCAAUGAGCCCACAUAUUGCUUGUGCCACCAGGUGUCCUAUGGAGAAAUGAUUGGCUGUGACAAUCCCGAUUGUCCAAUUGAGUGGUUUCACUUCGCUUGUGUGGACCUCACCACAAAACCAAAAGGAAAAUGGUUCUGUCCCCGUUGUGUUCAGGAAAGGAAGAAAAAGAACAUCCAUCAUGAACCACUGCUAAUAAAACAGAAGUCCACACAGCAGGAAUGUUUUAAAAGGGACAUCUUGCUUGUUUGGUGAGAGAUCUGCAUGCUUUGGAUUUGAGUUGCCUUUCAGGUUGACAGAUAAAAAGUGAAUCUUGCUAUCAUUAGAGUCUCAUACCCUACAGUGGAAGGAAGACAGAAAUCCAAGAGGAAGAAAAGAAAAUAUUCCAUAUAAGUCAUAGAAUCAUAGAUUAUUAGGGUUGGAAGGGACCUCAAGAGAUC